CCAGAGGGCAGGGCUCAACUUUCAAGCAAGAAGAAAGCGAAGGAAAAGCAACCUGAAGAGCAUCAGGGCGCUCUUGGAACAAUCGACGGCGGUUGAAACCAUCUGACUACCUUGCAUUCUCCUUACUCUCUUCGUGGUUGAGCGUCUUGUUUUUGAACAGGUUUCAGCGAAGCGCUUCGCUUUAUAGCAGUUUUUUUGCUUCAACAAGAAGCUUGCACGCGUUCAAUAAUAAGAAAAUGGAGGCCGUGGCCUCUCCGGCCCUGCACACCCAGGCAGCAGCUGCAGGGUUCGGACAGAGGACGCAUGGUACGCACGUGCAAACGCAGGUUCGGACACAGGCCGCCCUGCUGCCUCGGCAACAGAGGCAUCCAAAGCUCCACAGCUUUGGCUCCGCAAAAAGCAUUGCAGGCCAGAAAGUUUGUGCAGAGUCUGAGGGGUUUAGGAGGGAUAGAAAGGGGCGGGGGCAUGCCAGGGCAGCGGGGACGCAAAGUCCGACAAGGGAAAGGCCCUCAGUGAAAGAGGCGGCCGAGAAGAUCGUAGGGGGUCUAGGGGGCGGGCUAGAUGAGGUUAAGCUGGAUGAGGUAGCGGGGCAGGUAGCAAAGGAGACGGGGAGCGAGAAGGCGCAGAUCAGUGAGUUUUUGAAGCGGGAGUACAAGGCAGGGUUUGUGACUGACAUCCAGUCAGAGAGGAUUCCGAGGGGGUUGUCAGAGGAGACAGUCAGGACUAUCUCGGCAAAGAAGAACGAGCCGCAGUGGAUGCUCGACUAUCGCCUGCGGGCCUACCGCCAGUGGCUGAAGAUGGAGGAGCCACGCUGGUCGGACAACAAGUAUCCCAGGAUUGACUAUCAGGACAUUGUGUACUAUUCCGAGCCCAAGAAGAAGGACGUCAAGGCGAGCCUCGACGAGGUGGACCCCGACCUGCUCGCGACAUUCGAGAAGCUCGGCAUCCCGCUGUCUGAGCAGAAGCGCCUCUCCAACGUCGCGGUUGACGCCGUUUUCGACUCCGUGUCCAUCGCCACGACGUUCCGCAAGGAGCUGGCGCAGGCGGGCGUCAUCUUCUGCUCCAUAUCCGAGGCUGUCAGAGAGUACCCGGAUCUCAUCAAAGAGUACCUCGGCAGCGUCGUCCCGCCGGGCGACAACUUCUUUGCGGCGCUCAACGCGGCGGUCUUCUCGGACGGCUCCUUCUGCUAUAUCCCGAAGAACGUCGAGUGCCCGAUGGAGCUCAGCACGUACUUCCGGAUCAACGAUUCGGACACCGGGCAAUUUGAGCGCACGCUCAUUGUCGCGGAGGAGGGCAGCAAAGUCAGUUACCUCGAGGGGUGCACGGCGCCGUCGUUCGACACGAACCAGCUGCACGCGGCGGUGGUCGAGCUGUACGCGCACAAGAACUCGGAGAUCAAGUACAGCACGGUGCAGAACUGGUACGCGGGCGACGAGGAGGGGGUCGGCGGGAUCUUCAACUUCGUGACCAAGCGCGGGCUGUGCGAGGGCAAGAACGCCAAGAUCUCGUGGACGCAGGUCGAGACCGGGUCCGCCAUCACGUGGAAGUACCCCUCCGUCGUCCUCAAGGGCGACAACAGCAUCGGCGAGUUCUAUUCGGUCGCGCUGACCAACAACCGGCAGCAGGCUGACACCGGCACCAAGAUGAUCCAUGUCGGCAAGAACACGCGCAGCCGCAUAGUGUCAAAGGGCAUCUCCGCCGGGAACUCGGUCAACUGCUACCGGGGGCUCGUCCAGGUGGCGCCGACGGCGCACGGGGCCCGGAACCACUCGCAGUGCGACUCGAUGCUGAUUGGCGACCAGGCGGGGGCCAACACGUACCCCUACAUUCAGGUGAAAGACCCGACGGCGCGCGUCGAGCACGAGGCGAGUACCUCCAAGAUCGGGGAGGACCAGCUCUUUUACUUCCAGCAGCGGGGCAUCGAGGCCGAGAAGGCCGUGGGCAUGAUUAUUAGCGGCUUUUGCAGGGACGUGUUUAACGAGCUGCCACUAGAGUUUGCCGCCGAAGUUAACCAGCUGAUGAGUCUCAAGCUGGAGGGCAGCGUGGGAUAAGCGGUGCCGUCGGGUGGUCGGUACUGCUGUCUGUGCAUAAACUAGAUUGUGGACGUAAGUCCUGAACCAGCCGUUGAUUUUUUCCGACCAAGCUGUAAAAUAUACUUGAUUGCGUGGUCUUUCGAAAGAUGUUGUGUUUCCACCCUCUGGCAUUCGGAAG